AUGGGCAUAAUACCUCUAUUCUUUUCUCUCCAAAGCAUAUCGGAGUGUCUUGCGCACGGGGCCCUUGCGCUGUAUGUCCUCUACAGCUACAAGAAGUGCAACGUGUACGACGCCCACUACACGGGGGCGUCCAUUUACAUAAUGUGCAGCGACUUUUCGGUGGACAAAGUGCUCAAAAUAGCAUACUCGUACUUCUACUUCUAUUUCCUCGUGCUGUUGGCUCUUCUUGUGAUGGCGCUGUUCACGCUGGGCUCCUGCUACACCAUCACAGACAACAUUGUGGUGGCCGGGUCUUCUAUUAUUUGCUCGUUUGUGUUUUUGAUCCUGUUCUACACCGCAACAAACGGGGCCAUGGACAUGUUUUCUCUUUUGAUCAAAGCAUCUGCUUUUUUUGUCUUUGAAAUGGCCAUAGUUGCCAUGAUUGUUCUGAGCCAGAACUUGUAG